AGACAGUGUCCUUGCAUUUCAUUUCCCUCAUUGUAUCGCCAUGUUUGACACUGUCUGCACGUUACCGCUUUCUGCGGAUUUAUUCACACAGGCCAUACAUCCCAAGGAGCCAAUUGUCUCUGUUGGCCUUUCCUCCGGCCACGUUGAAACUUUCCGUCUUCCGUCAGAGGAAAUUGACAGCGACGACGAUCAGGCGUCGACUUCCUCCUCCCGAAAUGGCCGGGGACAUAUUGAUACGAUGUGGCGCACGAGAAGGCACAAGGGCAGCUGCCGGUGCUUAGCGUUCGGAAUUGAGGGAGAGUCUUUGUACUCCGCCGGAACUGAUGGUUUGGUGAAAGCUGCAAAGGCAGAGACGGGCGUGGUAGAGAACAAGAUCGCAAUUCCCCCGGCCAAAGAUGGCUCUGUUGAUGCCCCCACUGUCAUCCAUGCUCUUUCUCCCCAGACUCUCCUUCUCGCUACUGACUCAAGCGCCCUGCAUCUAUAUGACCUCCGCCUUCCAUUCUCCCGCGUCUCAGCCCGGCCACAGCAGUCCCACCACCCUCAUGAUGAUUACAUCUCGUCCAUUACUCCAUUACCUGCCUCGGAUACCAGUACCUCUGGGUUUAGCAAACAAUGGGUGUCGACCGGCGGUACUACAUUGGCAGUGACGGAUCUACGACGGGGAGUUCUAGUGCGCAGUGAGGAUCAGGAGGAAGAAUUAGUGAGCUCGGUGUAUGUUCGCGGUUUGCCCUCGACCGGGACAAGCCGCGGCGAGAAGGUGGUGGUGGGUAAUUCUGGUGGGGUCUUGACCCUUUGGGAAAAAGGUGCUUGGGAUGAUCAAGACGAACGCAUCUAUGUCCAGCGAAGCGGCGGUGAAGGAGAGUCUCUCGAGACCCUCACGAUGGUUCCUGAUGAGCUCGGAAAGGGCAAGACGGUCGCGGUUGGUCUUGGAAGCGGUACUAUCAAAUUUGUGAGGUUUGGCCCUAACAAGGUCGUGUCGGAGGUUGUGCACGAUGAAACGGAGGGCGUUGUCGGUCUAGGCUUUGAUGUAGAAGGUCGCAUGGUCAGUGGUGGUGGGCAAGUGGUCAAGGUUUGGCAUGAAGCUGUCGGAAACAGCUCUGGUGUCGGUGAAAAGCAUAUGCUUGGAGGUAGUGAUGAUGAUAGCGAUGAUGACGACUCCGAGGAUAGCGAUAGAGGGAGUCAGCAAGCCGACAAGCGGAAGAAACGCAAGAAGGGCAAGGGCAAGGCUCGCACCGGCGGUCAGCACGUCAUGGCGUUCCAUGAUCUCGAGUGAUUGGUUCUCUAAGGAAAUUGAAUUAGCAGGAGGGAAAAUCCAGAAAUGAACAGCACGGUAAGGAUGCAUAGCGUGAAGGAGUUCUCCAAGGAAAGUGACCUGACCUUCGUCAAAAUCGGUGGUAUGUAACUUAGUUUAAGCCAUUAAUAUAUCCUGUCCAUAUGGGUAGGUAUUCCUCGCACUAUUUAAACUGACAUCAAUCUCAAAGCCACGAAUAGUUAGGAAUAGAUAGACUUGAAACAAAUCCAUCUAGGUAGUUCAAGAGGACGGGGGAUUUCCGAUGUGAGGAAUGAAUUCCAUGAAAAUCCCUCGGAAAUGAAAAAAAGGACCCACGGUUGUUUUCCUUGGUGGGGUGUGGGGAGGAUUAUUCAUGAUGAUCAAAGCUUCCUCUAAACCUAUGAGUCGAGGUACCCUUAUACCUUACGCAGGUAGGACAAA